AUGGCUGAAAUUUGUAUUCGAGUCGACCCGCCGUCCGUCGAGUUCAGAGAUGUUGAAGUCGGGGGAGUUUACAGGACGACAUUAAGGGCGACAAAUGUUGGGAAAACUUUGAAGAAAAUAGUGAUGGAAAUGCCCAAAUCUAAGUUGUUCAGGUUCACAGCAUCUGGCUCAGCAGAGGCAGUGGCCCCGGGUCUGUCUGUAAGCGGGUUACUGGAGUUCACUCCUAGGGAAGAGAAGGAGGUCAGAGACAAUCUUCUGAUUCAUGUAAAUGAUGUGGAGACCAUUAAAAUCCCAGUGAUGGGGUUUCCUAGGGUUUGUUCCCUUAUAAUGGACCCAUUAUUAGACUUUGGUUGUAUUGUUGCCAGCAGUGAGGUGAUCAGCAAACACCACCUUAUAACCAAUCAGGGAUCAGAACCAGGAUUGUUCCAGGUUCAGUACAAUGGACACCCUUCACUCAGAAUUUCUCCCUGUACUGGAGUCAUAGCAGCUUGUGACACUCAAUGGCUUGAAGUGGAACUGCGAACAAAUGAACCCAGGCAGAUUGAUGAAAUGGCUCUGGUCAAACUCCAGAAUCAAUCUACUGUAGUUCUGAGAAUCAGAGCUGAGGUAGUGGACCAGCGCCUUGAGGUCUUUGACAUGCAGGGGGCUCCACUGUCCUGUCUCUGGUUUGGACCUGUGUACUUUGGAACGUCUCGCUUGGAGAAUGUGGUUCUAAGAAACAAUGCACCCCAGGCUUGUAGCUGGGUCUGCCUGCUCCAGAAUACUGCUGCUGGGACUGAGGUGGGAGCAGACCUCCAGAAGAGUACAGACGCCGUCCUGCUGGAAGGAAUGAAGAGAUGCAGCCCAGCCACACAGGAUAUCUCUCAGGUCUUGGUGUGUGUCCCUAAACACGGUCAACUGGGACCGUACGACCAAACCACUGUGACUGUACAGUUCAACCCCAUCUGCAAGAGUAAAACUGACGAGAAGACGAAGGAUUACUCAGCCAGCCGGCAAGACUACUGCCUUUUCUUGCUGUUUGAGUCAGUGGGAAGCAGGCAUGGCUUCACUCACCAUUAUGCUAACAGCAGUGUGGAGCUGGCAGUGACAGGCUCUGGACUGCCUGUGUCUCUGGUACCAAGUCCCUCUCAAAGAUUGGAUUUUCUCACCUGUGUGAUGGGUCGACGCGUUGACCUGUUGUGUGUCCUGAAAAACCUCUGCCCUCAACUUCCUGUAACUUUCCGCUUCCGCAAGAUAGCUCAUUUCACUGCCAAGCCCUCCUCUGGCACAAUCCCCCCUGGGCAGUGCCAGGAUGUAGUUUUGUCUUUCACUGCAAGACAGCAAGGGAUCUUCCAGUUGUUACAGAAACUGGAUGUCUUAGGUCAUGUUGUUCAGAGGGGAAGUAACAACACCGAAGAUGUACCUGGACUUGAGCUUUGCAGCUUCCACACCAUUACCCUUCACCUAUCUGCUGUCUGCUGCAGUGAGACCACACACCCUGGGCCUAAGCUUAAUCCUGGCAUCACUCCAGCAGUAACCAAUCCAACCGGAUCAAGGCCUCACAUUAGAUCCAGCGAACUGGCUCGCUGCAGAGAAAUGGCACAUGCUGCUGUACUUAACGCUGACAAAACGCGACUUCACAUACAACGAACUGAAAAGAAGCAGAACAAAGAAGUAGAGGAGGAGAUCCUAGCUUUUCCUAAUGACAGAGCAACCAGCAUCAGGCCUACUUCUGCACAUAGACAGUACAGGACCAUCUUCACAAACUAUUCUUUUACUGACAAAGAAGAAGAGCAGCGACAGCGGCAUAGACAGAUUUACAAAGACUUCCUCAAACAGUUAAGACAAAUGCGCCUGGAGAAGAUCAAGGAAAGACAGCAGGAGAAAGUAGAGGAUGAUGUGGAUAUUGGGAUGGUUCCUGCUCAAGGGCUUGUUCCCCCUACACUCCACCUCCACGACCUGGAGAUGAAUAAGAUCUCGAAGAUGAAGUACAUUUAUUCUUCCCCAGAAACCAAAGGCAGCUGCCCAAAAUACAUAACAUCCAAAACAUGGCACUUCAACAGCCAGGUUUCAGACAUAAUUCAUGUAAUUCCCUCUACCAGCCAGGAGGUGGCAGACUGCAACAGGACUCUGACGGCUCAGGAGCUCUACCAAGUUGAGAUAGGUCCAUUGUUGGUGGACUUCGGCGAGGUGUGUGCUCAGUCAGUGUGCGUUGAGAAGCUGAAGCUAAUCAAUCAUCUGUCAGUGUUUGUUUGGAUUCAGCUGGAGCUGGACUGCCCUGAGCUGCAGGGCUCCUCACCCCUGUCCCAUGUCCUGCCACCCCACUCCCACAACAUCUUACCUCUGACAUUUCAGAGCAACAACCUUGGUUCUUUCUACAGACCUGUAUCUUACUCUGUGAACAAGAAACACCCCGGUCAGAUACUAGUCCAGGCCCAGGUUGUUCCUGUGGAUUUGGAGCUGUCAACCACCCUGCUGGUCCUCUGCCCAACCCCAAAUCUUCUUGCUCAAUCAGGAUACAGGAGCUUGGUUACCCUUCGAAACAAGCGUAACCACCCUGCAGCCUUCACAUGGAAACCAAUAGUCACAGAUAGUGGCAUCUUGUUCUCCAUCAGACCUGCAACAGGCACAGUGGAGCCAUACAGGGAACUGGACUGUGAGGUGGUGUGGCAUCCAUCCUUCUCCUCCCCUGCUGAAGGAGACUUUGCUCUGUGUGUCCAUGAGGGCAAUACACAACAUCUGCACUGUGUCACCAAGGUUGGAAGCACAAGUGUCCAGCUGGCAGAGAAACGGGUCUCAUUUGGAUCAGUGCCCCUAAACAUGCCUUCCAUCAGAACUGCAGUCUUCCACAACACAGGGCAGAACCAUGCUUACUACCAGGUGCUGGAUGUUUGCCCUCUGCCAGGCAUGAUGGUGAGUCCUUCAGAGGGUGUGGUGCCAAGCGGGGGGCAGGCUACUCUCAAGAUCCACUUCAACCCUGACUCUGUCUUCAAGUUUGACACAAGAGUGGAAAUAGCUCUGAGGAACAUGAAAUCCAUCGAGCUUAGAGUGGGCGGAUCAGUGGAGCCUCCAAAUGUAGACAUCAGUGUGUCCCAUUUCCAGUUUCAUGGUGUCUAUGCUGGUUCUAAGCGAGCGAUUCCGUUUGCUCUGACAAACUGCUCGUCAGCUAAAGCCCGGGUCACCUUCGACCUGUCAGAAUACACAGACUUCUCUUUGCAGCUGUCUCAGCCCUCAGCAAAUAAGGAGCCAGGUGUGAUUGUUGUGGAAGUCCAAGGCUACCAGAGAGUGGACUGUUCCCUUGUCUUCUCCCCCACCCAAGCAGCGAGCUAUGACUUUGACCUGCCACUGAAGGUCAACGGAGUGAGAAGGCAUGCUGCUUCUUUUCCUCCUUUCCCCACUCCACCCUCCUCCUCCUCCACCUCCUCCUCGCUGACAGCUGGCAGCAGGCACCAUGUCGUCAAAUCUCAUCCUCGGUCUGUCACCAUGGUGACACAAAAGUCACAUCACAUACAGGCCACAGUGCUGUGUGCCCCACUGGAAAUAUCCCCUUCUAGUCUACAGUUCCAUGUGGAACCAGAGUCUGACAACACUAAGACAGUGGAGCUGAAAGCAGUGUGUAAAGAGAGUGUGUUUUGGCGUGGAGGUGUCAGGGAACAUGUCAGCUGGUGGUUUGACUGCAGUGCAGUAGCAGUACGGACAGAGAACGGAAGAGAGGGGGAGCUACAUGCAUGUACAGUGUCUCCAACAUCAGGAUGCCUGGAGCCCGGACAGUCCAUUUGUUUGGUUGUCAUCAUCAGCCCAGACUCAAUCAGAGAAGGGUCUGGAAACAUGACCAAACUAUCGCUCCCUCUUUACCUGGGAGACGAGGGAAGUGAAGAGACUGGAGGACAGGGGGAACAUCAACCCUAUAGAAAGCUGUCCAUCACUAUUACUCGCAAGCUUCCUCAUAUCACCAUCCAUCCCCCUCAGAUCCUCCUCACAGCUGUACCUCUGCAAACCAGUGCAAGUGCCACAGUCACCCUGCUCGCUUCUGGAUAUCCUAGCGGAACUACUGUAACAGCUGAAGUGAAUGAGGUGAAACUGGAGGAUGGAACAACAAUGCAACCUGUGUCCGUCAUAUUUCCAGAGGGUAGCACCUUCCCUGCCCAAAAGCAGGGUCAGGUUAUCUGCAAUGUGUUCUUCUGUUCUGCCACCCCACUGUCCAUCUGCACAACUAUCACCUUCACUGACCACCUGCACAACAGAUUUAAGGUCAAACUGUGUGCCAUUGCUGACAAUAGCCAAUUGACAGUCUGGCAUUACAUGGGCCUGCACCGAUCUGAUCAACAGAUAGUUCUCAAGACUGGGGCCACAGCUGUUGAGGCCAUCCUUCAGAAUUAUUACACUCCAAGUCCUGCACCUGGUCCGAAUUCAUCCUCCUCAUCAUCGUUUGAUCACAACAGCUCAACAAACAAGACCUCAGUCUCAGACAUCUUUCCAAACACAGACACCCCAACCAAUUUUGGCGUCCCAGAAUUCCCUGCGGCCAACUCAGAAGAAGGACUUUAUUACCAGAAUGUGUUGAUGGCUGUAGAGAGGUGGUUUAGCCUCUUUGGGUGGCCGGGUGGGCCACUUCCUAUCUCUGUACCACACACACUCAGAAGAAAUGUGUCAAAAAUUCAAACAAAUCAUUCCAGUGGACGGUCCUUUCGAGUCAGUCAAAACAAAGACUCCAGGUCUGUAGUGGACAUGCUUCAUCACUUGACUGGCAAACAGAUUCCUGGGAUUUCUCACUGUCAGGCGUUUUCCAAUGACAUAGACAAGCGCACCAAGCAGCUGCUACAACAGCAUGAAGCUAUGCUUGCUUUUCUAAGGGUGCAAGGAGCCUGCCUUUGUCACAUUAGACCAGAGUACUUGCUGGACAUACAGGAGUUCAAACACUGGUGCUUACCGCAAGCUAAUGAGGAUGGAAACAGUCUGGACUACGGCAGUGUUGACUAUGAGUCUCUGAGCAAACGGUCGUGGACUGAUGUGCUGCUGCAAAUAUACAAGGUGCUGGUAUUAUGUCGCGUGUCACAAAGUGGUCUGAAUGCAAAUCUGAAGCAUGAAGACUUCCAAAUCAGCUCACAGCCACUGAACAGUAACAUUUAUUCAUCGUGGGAACUCCAGUUACUCUCUUGGCUCAACAUACACUACCUGGGCAUGAGGGAGACUGUGUGGGAAAAAGGUAAUGUCCCAUCAGCUCGCUGGAUCGUGAAUUUCGACCUGGACUUGACAGAUGGGCUGGUACUUGCUGCUCUGCUUGCUUCCUACUGCCCGUACCUGAUCUGCAGCCACUUCCAAAGGAUGUACACCAUGACUAGCAACCUGGAGCAGAUUCUUCACAACAAUAUCAUUGUUGUGCAGGCCUUAACUGCACUUCGUCUUAACCUGGAUAUACAGCCCACAGACUUGUCAGACCCAAACCCAGUGCAGAUGGUAAUGCUGUGUGUUCACUUGUAUGAGAGGCUGCCUCAGUACCUGCCUCUGCACACCAUCACUCUCUCAGGAAGCCUGCACAGCACCUUCACUAAGCAGGUGCGUCUAAAAAGCCCAUCCUCUAAGCCUGUAAAAUACCAGCUCUUCCUUUUAGGAGAGGAUGCCCAUCUCUUCUCCCUUCCUGGUGGAUCUACUGUCACCAUUCCUCCAAAGGCAAGCACUGAAGUGACCGUCCAGUACAGCUGCUCCUUCAUGCAGCCCAAGGAGGCAGUCCUGCUUUUCAUCUCCAGCCCUCCUGUUGGCCUGUGCAGCACCUCACUCACCUUUAAUCUGAAGACCCAUGUCAGCCACAUUAAACCCACAAAAACUGUCAAGUGCAAAUCUCCAAGCUAUCAGCUGAAAGUGAUCGAAAUGCCAAUAACCAACCGGUUCAGCAAUGAGGCUAUGUUCAGGGUGGUGCUGGUGGAGUCUCUGUUCAACCCACUGGAGCCUGAAAAAAGAGACAGCCUGGUUCAACAGGCCUCAUCCAAGACCAAUGUAGAGAAGAUUACUUCAGACAAGAGCUGUGGGGAGGGAAUGGAAGGGAAACCCUCAGAUCUCGAUGUUGAAGACAGCGACUUCCUGAGUGCAGCGAGGAGUGUUCAUCUGAAGUCAGGCCAAGAAGACUCUCUGAUCAUCCACUACCUGCCCUUCUGCCCAGGCACCAAAUACUGCUCUGUGCUGCUCAUUUGCCCACAGGUGGGAGAUAUGGUCUAUAUGGUCAAGGCCACAGCAGAAUUGCCUCUUCCUUCCCCUCUCACUGCCAGGCCCAGUUCUAAUUUAGUCUCCGUCCUGCAAAACUCUGUAACAGACCCAGCUGUGUGUGUGUCAGUACUGAGCCUCCGCUGCAGGGUGGGCCAGGUGUGCGAGGAGGUCCUGUGCGUGCCGCUUGUCAAUAUGGCCUGGGAGCAAGCUCUGGCCAUCUGGGGUCGGCACAGCAUGAGUGCAGAUGAACACAGGAGGCGGAUGCUGACACACACUUUGCACAGCAGCACUGUUAGGGCAACCACAGCUGCUCGCAAGCUUCUCAAACAUCAGAUGGGAGGUGUUCCAGACAGAAAAGAACUAGAAUACAGUGUGGAGGUGUCUUUGCCACAAUACUUCACAUUACCCAGUGCUGUUACAAUACCUAUAAAAGAAGAAACCAACAUACCAUGGGAGAAUCCUACAGAUUGUGGCUGUGUGGACAUCCCAUUACGGUUCCAGGCAGACUCUGUGGGGCGAUUUACCUGCCAGGUGGUCCUACAUUCCUUGUGUGAUACUAGGGUCUAUGUGUUAGAAGCAGAUGUUACUCCUAAGGGAGGAUCUGUCCACUUGGACUUCAGGUCGCCUGCUCACCGUUCAGUCACACAAGACAUACCACUGCACAAUGAAACCCACCAAGACUGGAAAAUGCACGCUGAGCUGUGUGGUGAAGGAUUCUCCGGCCCAAAGGUUGUGAAUGUGCCAGCAGGGACAAAAGCAAACCACCCACUCACCUUCUAGCCUUCUGCUCAAUGCAAAGUCAUUGGCGAGCUGUCUUCGCACAAUGACUGCGACGGUACUGUGCUCGUGUUUACCCUCAGAGGAGUUGGAGAGCGCCCCCUGCCUGUGGACCGUGUGGUAUUACAUUGCUCUGUGGGAAACACCACACGCACGCAACUGGAUGUACCAAAUCACAGCCGAAAGACCCAAACUCUAAAGGUGGUGACAGACCUAUCUGUUGUAAGUGGCACCUCCACCCUGGAGAUCAAGCCUGGUCACAGUGCUUCGUACUCCCUGGUUGUGUCACCACGGAAACGAGGAAAACAGACAGGCUGUGUGUCAUUUGUAGAAAUUAAGGAAUUGCAAGACCGUGACAAGCAUGAAGCAAAUGCACUGGGACACUAUGAGGUGCAUUUCUCUCUGGAGAUAAUUUGUGAGCCAGCUGCACCCAUCAAGGUCAGAGAUGUGCUGUGUGUUGCUCAGAGCUCAGUUGCCAUAGAGAUCCCUGUCAGUAACCCACAAGGAGAGCUGCUGAGGCUGGAUGCGUUUCUGGAAGGAGAUAACCUGAGCGGAGCCAACUGGGUUUCAGUUCCCCCACGGGAGACUCUCACCUACAAAGCUACGUUCUCCCCUGUUAGAGUGGGGAAGAGCACAGGCAGUGUGUUGUUCCAGUCAGAGCUGGUGGGGGAGUUCUGGUAUCAACUGGAGCUUUAUGCUCUUCCUCCUCCAGUCAUCAAGCUGCCACAGGCCUGCUGUCAUCUGGGCAAGUGGAUCAGACAGACCAUUCCCUUGGUAAACCCAACAGCUGAGACUCUGAAGAUAAGUGUAGCCAACAGUAACCCCAGAAACUAUGCACUGGAGAUGGAUUCAUCAAGCACACUUAUUGUGGAGCCCCACUCCUUCUCCCAGCUUGGUGUCCGUUUUAAUCCUUCAUCCAUCGGAGAGGGGACCCACACGGCAAAGAUCACUUUCAUGUGCCCUCAGUUGCAGGAAUGGUGUGUGUUGCUGAGUGGGCGAGGCCUUAAACCGCAGAGCCAGGAGCCUCUGAGCAUCUCAUCCUCCAUUGGCUCCAAAUCCUCCAUCACCAUUCCCUUCACUAACCCCACUGAGCUCCCAGCCGUGCUCAGUAUCGCACUCACAGAUGCGGAUCCAACUGGGGGGGCAAACUUCCACCAAGCUGCUAGGCACAAGGAGGCUUUCUCUGUGGCUCUGAGCCACUCUGAAGGUGUACAGAUCAGUGAAGGAGCCGGUCUGGAUGUGCCUGUGAUGUUUGAACCUAACUCAAUGGAUAUACAUCAAGUCUGGCUCUGCAUCACUCUGAACCCCCACAACAGCAACAACAGUACCUUAAGUACCGACCACAUGAGGUCUGAGCAGGAAUUGUCAACCAUCUGUUGGAUUUACCCUCUUCGUGGGAUUCCUAUUGAAACGGCUGUUGAGAACCCGCCACUUGGCGUGCUUGGAUGUGAAGCGGGCUGCCAACUGGAGAAGAAGGUGGAUGUACUGCUCACUGGGUGUGUGGCGGGGAAUCAAGAUCGGAAAGGAGAAGGAGAAUCGCAGUUGAUAAAAGAAGACUUCCAGUGUGAGGUUCGUUCAGAUGGUGAAACAAAGCACUCUGAGGUUCAAGACUCCCUUUCUGCUUCCAUUGAGGUAGUGAGCAAGGACCCUGAGACUGGCAUCGUAACACUCACCCUGAAUGUAGUCUACACUCCCCUCAGGCCAUCCAGGUUUGCAGCUGUCUUAGCUGUGCAGUGUGUGUCUGGUGAGAUCUGGGAGUUUCCAAUUACUCUCGUCGCCACGGAGCCUCAAGUCGAUGAUGUCAUCCUCACUGAAGCCACUGAGCUGGGAACGACUUCAGCUGUGGGCUUCCGCCUGACCAGCACUACCAGGAGGCCAGAGCCCUUCACAGCAGCGUUCUCGCCUGGUAGCAGCAGUGAGUUCACAGUGACCCCAGCCUCAGGGAUGUUACCUCCUGUUGGUUCUGCUGGAGCUCUCAUCACUGUGUCCUUCACUCCCAACACAUACAGCAUGCACAGAGCCAGACUGACCAUCCAGGCAGUAGACAUGCAGUGGACCUAUGAUGUGAGAGGGAAAACCCUUCAUGACCCCUCUGCACCACUUCCACCGCAUCAAGCAAAUGAUCAGCGGCGUAACCUUGUGGCUCAAAACCUUCGGCUCCCCGCCCUGGAUAACUCCUCUCCUGUCAAAAUUUGCAACAUUUACCAAACAAUGCCACCUUAAAUUGCAGCGAUAGCUUUUGACUCAUAAAUCUAAUUCAGCCAGCUAGUUGUCACAUUUGUGAUGGGUUUGUCCCUUUUUCUCUUUAAGUGGCUCAUUAGUCUUCUUAGUGUUUCUCAUAAGCAUUUCUAAUGAGUUAUCUGUCUGCCAAUACAAAGAUGUUUUUUGUGUAGUUUGUGGCAACAUUUUAGGAUGAUGAUGAUGAUGAUGAUGAAAACAUUACAAUGCAUGAAGUGUAAUUAAUACCCAGAUUUCUCAUUCUCUAUUAUUAGCAUGAAUGUAAUGGGUACAGUCAUUAAGAUAGAAUGGCUGUCUCUGGGUUCAUAUCUGCAGUGUACUCCAUAAAAGAGGCAGUGUCCCUCAAGUUUUUGCACAUUCAGCAGCUUUCAGAAGUACCAUGAGCCAUAUAUGGUAGUAAUAGUUAUGAUGGCCCUAUUAUGCCUCAGAGUCCACUCUAAGUAAGAUGUUACCAACUUCGUUUUUAUUCAUCCCUUGCCUUAUGAUUCUUCAUUAAGUAGUCUGGCUAUAAAUUUGAUGCACCUCAAACUGCUGGACCACGGAUCAUAUUAAACUAACCAGGGUAACCUUGAAAUACACAGCAGCUUUUCUUGAAACUUAGUACCUUACAUGUAAUACAUCAAACCACAUGACUUUUAAGAGGCUGUCCAGCAUGAGGCCUAGCAUGCAUGCUAAUCAAGCUCAUACACGACCAAUGGCUGUUUUUCAGCAAAGACCUUUUAAAGGGUGAAGUCUUAAAGGCUGUGUCACAUUUCUGUUCAGUUUC